AUCAGAUUGGUAAGAAAGGAGGUAGGUGAAGGAUUUCUCUGAUACCCGGUUGUCAAAAUCUGCCAUCUUCAGUUGCAGAGAUCGAGGAGAAGAUGGGUUCUACCGGUAGAACUUGCUAUAGUGAUGUAUUGCCAUUCACAGCAAUGGUGAUGGUCGAGUGCAUUAUUGUAGGCGGAAAUACAUUAUUCAAAUCAGCCACUGCUCAAGGAAUCAACUCAUACGUCUUCACCACUUACGUCUUCCUCGUCGGCUUCCUUUUCCUCUUACCUUGUCCAUUCUUCAUCCGCAGAAGUUCAAACAACCAGGGGCUGAAAUUCUCCAUCGUUAUCAAGCUUUUCCUUCUUAGCUUGAUAGGGUACUUGUCUCAGAUAUUUGGAUACAUUGGUAUCAAGUACAGUUCUCCAACACUUUCUUCAGUUAUGAGCAAUCUGGCACCUGCUUUCACCUUCAUACUUGCAUUCUUUUUCAGGAUGGAGAAAUUGAAUUUGCGAAGCUAUACCAGUCAAGCAAAAAUUGUGGGAACAAUAGUGUCAAUAUCGGGAGCACUUGUAGCAACACUAUAUAAUGGUACAUCAGUUACCGUAUCAUCAGAUUCCUCGAGCUUAUAUUGGAUUAUUGGUGGGAUUUUACUUGCAAGUCAGAACUUCUUACUUUCAUUUGUUUUGGUUUCCCAGGCACACAUCAUGAUGGAAUAUCCGGUGGAACUAAUGGUCGUUUUUGUAUUUGGAUUAAGUGGGUUGAUUGUAGCUGCGUUUGCAGGGUUAAUUAUGGUGAGAGAUUUAGAUGCUUGGAAUCUAAAACCUGAUAUGAUGUUGGCUUCUAUUAUUUACAUGGGCAUAUCUACAGGAUUUCUGAAUGGUCUCAUUCAAGUAUGGGCUCUGCUCGGCCCGGUUUAUGUAGCCAUGUUCAAGCCAUUAUCAAUUGUAAUUGCGGUUGGGAUGGGUGCCAUCUUCCUCGGAGAUUCUCUCCAUCUUGGAAGUGUUGUUGGGGGGAUAAUAAUAUCAUUAGGGUUC